UGGUGACCCUUUAUUCGGGUUGGGAUGUGUGAAGGUCCCUAAUUGGUUUUCUCCUUCUCUCUCCUCAGUCCCCAACUUCUCAGUCUCCUCAUAUCGAAGUCAUGAAAUCGGAGUCAAGCACGGAUGCUGGUGCUGCUGGUCUGGAGAACAAAUCAAGUUCAUCAUCUCAGGCGGAUGAGAUUGAGCAGGAGGUGAGUUUGGAGAAGCAGAGGAGAGAAGAGGUAUCUCUGUAUGAUGAUGUUUCCGAGGAACCAAAGGUUGGGGAGUUCAUUGUAAAGUAUCCCUCUUCUGAGUCACCGAUAUUCCACAAAUGUUCUUGGAGACGUGAUUCUCGAAAUGACUCUGAUGGUGUGCCAAGAUUCCCACCUCUUGUGAUCCCUAAAGAUGCUGGAGCUGAUCGAAAUCCUCUGCACUCGGUAACUGGCUUACCUCCAGUUCCACUCAAUAUUAUAGUGGGAUAUGCUGUGCCUUUAAUAGCAGAUGCUCACGAGAGAGAGACACGCAAGCGAGAACCGGGAUAUGAUGAGGUCGAGUACCGAAAUAUGAUGAGGUCGUUUCUGAUGAGUGAGGACUGAGGACAGUUCAAGUGCUUUUGGGUUACUCUUACGUACUUACAGCUGAUUACCUUUUGUGUGCUUUCAAAUCAGCAUUCAGUUUAGUUGAUCUUAAUUAAACUAGGUGCUAAUAUAUUCCCAUUUUGUGGUGGUUCUACACCGCCCAUCUUGUAAAGCUACUACAGCGUAAGUUGUCAAGGUCGGAGACUUUUUCAGGUGUUCCGAAUUUAAUGCAGUAUUUGUUACUUGUUUUGAAUCGAUGAUAACUGUAUUCCCAGAAUUUA